GUCCCGCCCCGCGCUCCUGCGUAAAGAGGCGGUUCCCUCGGCAACGCCUGGAACCCACGUCAAGGUUCCACCAGCCCCGGGUGGUGACCGAGUCCCACCCACUCCCCGCCGCUGCGGUUCUGGUCCGCACAACCUUUCACCCUGCUGCGGGAUGAGCAGAGCGGCGGCCUGCGUGGAACCCCAUGGAGGAGCAGGCGCGGCCUCCUGGCCGCCCGGCCACGAGUUCAACCUUGCCGGGUAGCGCGCAUCCGGGAGGGGCGGCUUCCACGGCCACUGCGGCCGCGCUGUCGUUCAGCUCCGUAGCCACCGUAACGCUGGGAAACCAGAGCGAUGCGGGCAGGCCGGAGGCAGUGGGGUCUCGGGGACCCGCACCGCUGCUAUGGCAUGGGGCAGCGGUGGCCGCCCAGGCGCUCGUGCUCCUGCUCAUCUUCUUGCUGUCUAGUCUGGGCAACUGCGCGGUGAUGGGGGUGAUCGUGAAGCAUCGGCAACUGCGCACAGUCACAAACGCCUUCAUCCUGUCGCUGUCCCUGUCGGACCUGCUCACCGCGCUGCUCUGCCUACCCGCCGCCUUCCUCGAUCUAUUCGCGCCGCCCGGGGACUCGGGGCCCUGGCGUAGCUUCUGCGCAGCCAGCCGCUUCUUCAGUUCGUGUUUCGGCAUCGUCUCCACGUUCAGCGUGGCGCUCAUCUCGCUGGACCGCUACUGCGCCAUCGUGCGGCCGCCGCGGGACAAGCUGGGCCGGCGGCGCGCGCUGCAGCUGCUGGCCGGCGCAUGGCUGGCUGCGCUGGGCUUCUCCUUGCCCUGGGACCUGCUCAGGGCACCCCGGGAGCCCCCCGCUCCACAGAGCUUCCACCGCUGCCUUUACAGAACCUCCCCAGACCCUGCGCGGCUGGGCGCCGCCUACAGCGUGGGACUGGUGGUGGCUUGCUACUUGCUGCCCUUCCUGCUGAUGUGUUUCUGCCGCUACCACAUCUGCAAGACCGUGCGCCUAUCGGACGUGCGCGUGCGGCCGAUGACCACCUACGCGCGCGUGCUGCGCUUCUUCAGCGAGGUGCGCACAGCCACCACCGUGCUCAUCAUGAUUAUCUUCGUCAUGUGCUGCUGGGGCCCCUACUGCUUCCUGGUGCUGCUGGCCGCGACCCGGCAGGGUCAGGCCACGCAGGCUCCCUCGCUGCUCAAUGUGGCGGCUGUUUGGCUGACCUGGGCCAAUGGGGCUAUUAACCCGGUCAUAUAUGCCAUCCGCAACCCCAACAUUUCCAUGCUCCUAGGACGCAACCGCGAAGAAGGGUACAAGACUAGAAACAUGGAUGCUUUUUUGCCUAGCCAAGGCCUAGGUUUUCAGGCUAGAAGUCGCAAUCGCCUUCGAAAUGGCUGUGCCAACAGGCUUGGGGCUUGCAGCAGAAUGCCUUCUUCCAACCCAGCUAGUGGGUCAGGAGGGGAAGUGGUCAUGUGGGCUCGAAAAAAUCCAGUUGUGCUCUUCUUCCGAGAGGGUCCACCGGACUCAGUUAUGGAAGUCGGCAAACAGCAUAAGUCUGAAACCAGGGACAGCAGCAUUUAAGAAGGGCAGCUUGUAAUAGCACAUGUCCACCCCUCUCAUUGAAUGAUGUAGGAACCCGGGGAUAAUCGUUUAUUUAAAACUAAACAUAAAGCCAAACAUUUAAAACUAAAAAGACAGAAGUGGGAGAGUUACCACUUCAUUCUCAAACUUAAAAUGUAAAAGAACAUUUCCUUUCUUCAAAAGUGGCCAAGGGAAUGUGAAGUGCAAAAAAAAUUAAAAACAAUCUUAAGCCACACAACCAAGCAUUGUAAGGCGUAAGUACUAAAAAGCAACAACAACAACUAAAUAAAUAAAUAAAAUUCACCGUUAUGGAAGAGCUCAUGUUACAGGAAUCACACUGUGAGACAAAAAUCAUUGAACUGAACGUAACAGUUGUAUUCAAAUACUGGUUUUUGUUUGCUUGUUUGAUUCCAAUGAACUGACUACCUUGGAUCUGUUUGAAGCCCCUGUACUUUCACCAGCAUUCGGCAGACCUUCGAUUCUAGAUCCUGCACGGCUGACCGGCUUUGGGUGCUCAGAGCAGGAAUGUCAUUACCCGUAUUGGUGUGCUCUCCCUCCCGGAAUUUUUGUGCAAGAUUUUAAAUUUAGAGUUUAUUUUAAAAAGACUUCUGGAUUUUGUAAAGGUCUUUUAUUACUGGAUAUAAUUCAGCGGUCCAAAGGGCAAAGAGAACAUACUGUCGUUGUUUAAACAGAAGUCUAAUAUUAUACAUAAAAACCAAUGUUUCUUCUAAGCCCGUUUUUGCCUCCCAAAUUAUCUGUCUUGGAAAAUCCCAGCUGUGUCCUUCCUAGAAACUGUUCCCAUUUGAUAGCUUGUAUGG